AGGAAGGCAAAAAAGUUUGCCAAAAUAAUCGGUACAUCAUUACUGGCCCAGCUUGGAAUCCACGGACAGUCCAUAUCUUUCUAGAAACUAGCUAUUUUGCAUUAGUUGGAUGGAACGAGGUAACGCCUUUUCCUUGCUAGAUCUUUGUGUCAGAUGCUCUUCGUCCGCUUUUUAGUUCCGGGUGUGUUAGAGCCGAAGGCAACCCGUUAGUCUGCAGUCAUCACUGUUUUGCAAUCACAUAACUUGUCAACAUAUCUCAAUUUCGCCGUGAUCUACUGGAGAAAUACGUUAUAAUUUAUGCAUUAUAGUUGAAACGAGGGCACCACAUGGGAGAAUGGCGGCAGCGUUACUGUCAGAAACGGAGAUCAGGCAUCGGUCUAUGGCAGAGGAGGAUCCGAACGGGAAUGAGCAUGGGGCGGCUGCUCGCAGCACGGCUCCUCGCUGGGGACCGCAACACGCCGGGGCCCGCCAGCUCGCCCAACUGUACUCACCGGGUAAGCGUCUGCAGGAGUGGUUCUGCGUGAUUCUGUGCCUCACUCUCUUCAUCAUGAACUUCUCCUUCCUCCUCAUCAACUUCUCCACGGUGCACAUCUUCAAGAUUAUCUUCGGCAUUGUGGCUGGGAUCGUCAUGGCAGACUUUGCCUCGGGGAUGGUGCACUGGGGAGCAGACACCUGGGGCUCGGUAGACAUCCCCAUCAUUGGGAAGGCGUUCAUCCGUCCCUUCCGGGAGCACCACAUUGACCCCACGGCCAUCACGCGCCACGACUUCAUCGAGACCAACGGAGACAACUGCAUGAUCACCGUCCUGCCUCUAGCACACAUGGCCUACAAGUUCCUCAGCUACACGCCGGAGGCCAUUGCCGAGGCGUACCCGUGGGAGUGCUUUGUGUUUGCUCUGGCCGUGUUCGUCACAAUGACCAAUCAGAUCCACAAGUGGUCCCACUCUUACUUCGGCCUGCCACGAUGGGUCACCCUCCUGCAGGACUGCCACCUCGUGUUGCCACGGAAACACCACCGCAUCCAUCACGUUUCCCCUCAUGAGACCUACUACUGCAUCACUACAGGCUGGUUGAACUACCCUCUGGACUGCGUAGGUUUCUGGCGUGGGAUGGAGUGGCUGAUUGAGGCCCUGACUGGACAGAAGCCUCGCAGCGAUGACAUGGCCUGGAUCAAGAAGAGUGACUCAUGAAGAAAAUGAUGAGGUUGAUGGUGGUGGUGACCAUGACAAUGUUGAUAACGAUGAUGAUGAUGGUGGGGUUAAUGAUGUGGUUAAAAGGACUUGGUGAGGGGACUUUUAGCUGUUCUUCUGGGAGGAAGGAACUCAGUCCACUCUAUGGGCCUUACCCCUCACCUCCCGUCUCUCACGCCUCCUCUUCUUUAUCACUCCUUUUGAAUGCUCUCCCUCUCUCCCUGAUUCCUCUCCACCCUUGCGCCACGCUGACACAGGCUGCCUCUCUUCCUCCUCUUCUUCCUGCUACUGCUGCCUUGUUAAAGUAGCUCAAAGACUCAUCAUCAGCAUCACAGCCAUUGAACGCCUUUUUUUUAUUAUUGGCAUUAUUUUUUUUCUUCUUUCUUGUUUUGGUUUUUCAAAUGUUUCAUGAUCAUAGGGUGAGAUUAGUUCAGAUAGCACUGAAGAGAACUGUCUCUACCCAGACAGGGUGAGGUCAGGUAAGGUCAGGCUUAGACUACGUCUACAUUAGUCCCGUUUUUGUUACCUUAAGACUGGCUCCUGGGACUGGAGCAGGCAGGCAAGGGGGUUAACACUUUGCUGACCAAACAGAUUGCUUCCUCUACUUCUGUCCUUUUGUUUUCCUCUUCAGUACAACCCAGAAUUUAACGUUUUCCAGAGGAUGGGCUCUCCAGGAAACAAACCAAGUCAUGUUUAAUUUAUUUUUAUUAUUGUUUUUUUUUUUUUUUAAUGGGGAACAACAACCACAGAGUGAGAAGGGGAUGGGGGUGAAAACCAGAGAGAGAGAGAGUUAGUGUGUGUGUGU